CCAUUAAUUCUUCAAACUUACUACAGGGCUGGAUGCGGUUAGGCACUGUUGAUUAAAAAUAAUAAUAAUAAUAAUAAGACUAAGUCUUUGCCCUCAAAAAAUUCGGCCUGAUUGGGAGAAAUUGUCGGAUAUAUUACAAUACAAGAUGCAAAUAUGGAUGUGGAAACACAGAGACAUUUGAAAGAAGUUAAAUGACCAGAGAAGGAAACGAAGUUUGAAUGGUGAAUCCCAGCUAGCUCUUAGUGUGAAGUGGUGAACUUUGUGGGGUUCCUUUUACUUGGGGAUCAUGCAGAGAUCUUCACGACUGAAGAGGGAGCUGAACUUGUUAGCCACAGAGCCACCCCCAGGCAUCAUGUGCUGGCAAGAAAAGGACCAAAUGGAUGAUCUGCGAGCUCAAAUAUUAGGUGGGGCCAACACACCUUAUGAAAAAGGUGUUUUCAAGCUGGAAGUUAUCGUUCCUGAGAGGUACCCAUUUGAACCCCCUAAGAUCCGAUUUCUGACUCCAAUCUAUCAUCCAAACAUUGAUUCUGCUGGAAGGAUUUGUCUAGACAUUCUCAAAUUGCCACCAAAAGGUGCCUGGAGACCAUCCCUCAACAUUGCAACUGUGUUGACCUCUGUUCAGUUGCUCAUGUCAGAACCCAACCCUGAUGACCCGCUCAUGGCUGACAUAUCCUCAGAAUUUAAAUAUAAUAAGCCAGUCUUCCUCAAGAAUGCCAGGCAGUGGACAGAGAAGCAUGCAAGACAGAAACAGAAGGCUGAUGAGGAAGAGAUGCCUCAUAAUCUGCCAGAGGCCCCUGAUUUAGGAAUACACAACACAGCACAGAAAAAGAAAGCCAGGCACCUUGGAGGACUAGAAAAGAAAUUUUGCCCUGAUAUUUAGGGUAUUUGUUCUGUUUCAUCUUAGUUAAUACAUUUUCAUUCUUUGCUAAGGUGGUCUAAUUUGCCUCCCUUUCUUGAAUGUUUUUCUUUGUAUUUGAUGACAUAAUUUUUGUAUCCUAUAAAGCAGACUCCGUGUAUUUGUGUAUUCUUCACUACAGUGAUUCUCUGAGUAUAGUUUAUUUAUCUUGUACAUACAUAUUUUAAAACCUCUUAACCUGAAAAAUAAAUAUUCAUUUAAUGUUGA